AUGGUCAUGGAGGUGACCUUUGGAGAGUGGGUUGAAUGUGUUUACUUCAUAUUCUGCUCCAAAUAUGAACGAAGUACUUUGCCUUCCUGCACUCGCUUGUCUUAUUGUACAUUUUGUUUGCAGAGGAGGACAUCUUUGAAAAAGUGGGGAUUUGUCACUGAACGGUUUUCCUACCUUGUUCUUAGAAAAGGAACUCGAAAUGAAGAAGACAAACCUUGGCCAAGAAUUCUGGAGCACGUGAAGUUGAGAGGAAGACAUGUUAUUUGCAAGCUAUGCUCAAGUAAUGGUGAUAUUGAGCAGAAGAUACUAACAAAGAAGAAGGACAGCGAUAUCUACAAGUGUGCAAGACAUCUUAGUAAAUGGGGAGACUUAAUGCCGAUAACAGAAGACAGAAAACGUCCUUUGAAGAACCCUCACGUUACUUUAACACGGCGAGGAAAGCUCAGGAAAUAACUUGUGCAAUCAAAUUUCUUAGUUGAGAGUUUUUUCGUUGACCGAGAAGGAAAAGACUAUCUAUCUAAUAAUAAAAAAACUACGAUUGUUGAGUCUGCUAACUUUUGUACUUACCAUUUUUUUUUUCACGGUCAAAUUGAAAAGCAACCAUUUUAAUGUAAUAAUCGCCAUUGAAAAUGUAUAAAAAAUUAUUUUGAAAAAUGGUUGUCGAAAAUUGAUAAGAAGCUUGAGCUAUUAUCAAGUACAUAUUGCUCAAGGGACUUCUAAAAAGAGAAUAGUUCUUGUGCUUUAUUGGAAAUACGAAUUUUGUUUCAUAGCUAUUGUCGCUGCCAGAUAAAGAGGGAAUUAUAGAUUUCUUUAAUUCUAUAUGUUUUCCAUCCAAAAAUCUCUGAAAUAAGUAAAGAAAUUAGUAACACUGAAAAUUGAAAAAAUCAACAACAAUAAUAAAAAUAAUGAAGCUUAAACAAGAGAUCAUGCUCAUAGUAUAUUUUAUUUAAACUUUACCUUAAAACGAUGAUUUGUGAUUUGUUUCACAACUCCACGUCAAAUGAUUUAUCUUAUGAAUUUUGCAUUAAAAGAUUUCAAUUCCAUUAGUAUAGMAUUCUUGGAUUUCACAGUCAUUAAAAACAAGGUUCUUACAAUUA